AAACAGACAAGACACUUGGAUGAGUACUGUGAAAGAAAAGUUUCCGAAGCUUAUUUGUACUACAAUACACUCUGCAAAAUCCAAAAUGUAGCUUUUUUUGUUGAUCGCCUUUUGUUUUGCAUCGGCGCGGCGCAAUCCCAAGUAAAACAUGGCGGGCAAAGAAAGCGAUUUAACUGAGGAGAUGGACGCUGAUGGAGAGAUGGACACUUCUAAAGAAGAUAAAACUAUGUCAGACGACAGUUCAGACUCUGAAAGUGAUGCCAAUGAAGAUGCUGAAGAAUUGAGACAGACAGAAGAACUGGCGGGAAAGAUACAAGCCAAUCCAUAUGACUACCAGGGUCACCUAAACCUUAUAAAAUACCUCAGAGGGACGGGAAACUUGGAUAAACUGAGAGCGGCCAGAGAAGCCAUGUCGAAAAUAUUUCCUCUGACACCAGAACUCUGGCUGGACUGGAUCAAGGACGAGUCACAGCUAGCAGACACAGAUGACGAGAAAGAUCACGUAGUGAAAUUGUUUGAACGUGGUGUCAAGGAUUACUUGUCUGUGGCUCUAUGGCUAGAGUUUGCCCAGUUUUCGAUUGGUCUCAUGAGCACCGAGAGCAGCAUGGAGAAGAUCCGAGAGGUCUUUGAAAGAGCGGUGACUGCGGCAGGACUUCACGUUUCCCAGGGAGCCCUCAUAUGGGAAGCUUACAGAGAGUUUGAGCUUGCACUGCUUGCAACGAUGCAACCCCCCUCGGAAGGUUUGAUGUCCAGCGAGCAAAGCGAGAUGUAUGUCAGCCAACGAAAUCGGGUCUACAAUAUAUUCAAGCGUCAACUCUCUGUUCCUUUACUCGGCAUGGAAGGCACUUUCAAGGAGCUGCAGGAAUGGAGCGAGACAAGCAUAGAACCCGCAGUUGAGCAGCAGUACAAGAAAGCCAAGGCCAAACUCGGCAAGAUAAAAGAGUACGAAGAUAGUUUGUUGGUCGGCGAACCACCGGCGCUGCAGUCCUACCUCUCCUACUUGGACUUUGAAGAAAAGGAGGGCGACCCCGCACGAAUACAGUGCCUCUACGAGAGAGCAGUUGCUGACCACUGUCUGGUUCCAGAUUUGUGGAAAAGGUAUAUGACCUAUUUGGAUUUAAAGCUCAAGGUUGAAGCUGCAGUGCUGCCGUGCCAUGAGCGGUCAGUGCGCAACUGCCCGUGGUCCGCGGACUUGUGGACUUCAUACCUAAAAGCUCUAGAGCGAUUUCAUCAUCCCCAUAUCAAGAUAAAAGAGGCCAUGGAACAAGCGCUACAAGCAGGCUUCAGCGCAGGACAAGAUUAUCAGGAACUCUGGUUGACGUACCUCGACUAUCUUCGCAGAAGGGUAGACUGGUCAAAGGAGGACUCCAGUGAUGUUGAAGACCUGAGGAAGGCAUUUGAGGGGGCCAUCGAUCAUCUGGGACAGUAUUAUGAAACACAUGGUGACUUGUAUUCCUCGGUGAUGAAGUACUGGGCUCAACUUGAGGCAAAGUUUUGCAACAACAUCGCUAAGUCUAGAGAACUCUGGAACGAAAUCACAAACCACGGUAGAGCAUCCAAUGCCCAAACGUGGUUAGACUAUGCAAACUUCGAAAGGCUAUAUGGAGACGACAAACAUCUCCGCAAGGUCCUGCUGAAAGGGAUGUAUGCUUCUAUGGACUGGCCGGAAACACUCGGAGAUAUGUUAAUCAAGUUUGAGAGGGAAGAAGGUUCAUUGGAAACGCUGGAUGUCGCAACGGAGAAGUACACAGCCCACAUCGGACGCGUUAUGGCAAAGAGAGAACUGGCUGCAGCGAAAGAGGCCGCAAAAGAGGCUCAGAUGAAUGAACAGAAGAAACUUGCUAAAGCUGAAAAGAAAGCUGAGAAGGUAGCAGCAAGAACGAAGAAAGAAACAGAAGAGAAGGAACAGAUGGAAACAGAAGUUGCGCCAGAGCAUAAGAAACCUGGAAAGAGGAAGGCAGGAGCUCAAGAGCCCAACCUGGAUUUGGAUGGGUUCAAGGUACCUGUCCCUCCCUCCUCUAAAAGUACGGACCAGCCCGAGGAACCGCCACAUAAGAAGGCAAAAGAUGACGCAGAUGAAACCAGCGCCAGGCCGCACGGGGAGCAUGUUGAGCAUGAUCCAGCAAAGGAUGAGCAAACUGUGUUCCUGAGCAAUCUUUUGUAUGACGCGAAAGAAGAAGCAAUCAAGGACAUUUUCAAGGACACUGGCACCAUUGAGGAGCUGAGAAUGGUUCGAGAUUUCAAGGGUCGAUUCAAAGGAUUUGCCUACCUAGUGUUCUCUAACAGGAUGGAAGCAGAAGCAGCUCUGAAGCUGGAUCGAACGCCAAUUGAAGGACGCCCGGUCUUUGUGUCCAAAUGCAACAAAAAGAAAGAAUUCACGUUCCAGCCCGGACUCGAGAAAAAUAAGCUCUUUGUGAAGAACAUCCCAUUCUCAAUGACACAGGAAGAGCUGGAAGAACUAUUUAAGAAGUAUGGAGAUCUCAAAGAGGUACGGCUGGUCACCUACAGGAAUGGCCACUCGAAGGGAAUUGCUUAUGUUGAAUACACAAAUGAGACCGCAGCUACAAUAGCACUUGUCCAGACCGACGGAAUGCAAUUAGGUAAGCAAGUGCUCUCGGUGGCAAUCAGCAAUCCCCCAGCACGAGGAGCACGUCAAAGCGAGACGCAGAGGACAGCGCAGGUCGCUUCCUUAGGGGGAGGACCAAAGGAAACAGGAUUACGAGGAAGAGGACGUACGCAAGUGUCGCUGAUGCCACGUGUUAUUCAACGGUCCACGAACACCCAGGAACCCAAAUCGGGGUCGUCGAGCAAGGAGGAGGCCCAAGGUCUCAGCAACGCAGAUUUCAGACAUCUGUUGUUGAACAAGUGAAAGAUGCACAGGCAGUGCACAGUUUCCUGGGCCACGGAACUGUUCAUGACAGGCACUAUGGUUCAGCAACCCCUACAAUGUUCACCACUGCAAUAGCAGCCCCUAAUUGAAGACACUUGUUAGGGUGCCAUUUUUUUUUUUCAAACUUUCAUUUCACAUUCAAGAACGAAUGUCUGUAGAAAAGUCUGUUACUACAUACAAUAAACAGUUCAACACAUGC